UUCAGUAGUUUCAGUUCUUAGGAAACUGUUGGUAUACAUGAAUGUGUUACAAACUAUCCAAAUUCACGGAAACAAUGCAUUUUAUUAAUAAUAGAGUUUUUUCGAGUGUGGUUUAUUAAGAAUUUUACACGGCAUCCAAAGACGCUGGUGUUGUGAUGAUCAAGUGUGCUGUUUCUCUAAGGCGAAUGCCAUUUGAAUAGUGUAAUUUUUGACGUAGUUUAGCAUACAUCAUGCCUACAAUAAUCGGAGUUUCUGAAUUUGUUGACGAAACUAGGGAUGACUAUAACUCUCCCAUCACAUCAACUUUCGUUUCCCGGAUGCAUCAAUGUCGAAAUACCAUCGCAGCACUUGAAGAGACUCUCGAUUACGAUAGAGAUGGGCUGAACAAAAUGAAGAAGGCCGUCAAGGCCAUUCAUACGUCUGGGAAUUGUCACGUAGAUAACGAGUCGUACCUGGUCAAAGCUUUGGAAAAGAUCGGCCAGAAUGCGAUUACGAAGGAACACGAAGAAACCAUCGGGAAUGCUUUCGUGAAAUUUUCCGUUGUGACGAAAGAACUUUCGGCACUAAUGAAAACGUUGAUGCAGAACUUAAACAACAUAGUUAUGUUUCCUUUAGAUAGUUUAUUAAAAGGGGAUCUGAGGGGCGUGAAGGGUGACCUCAAAAGGCCUUUCGACAAGGCAUGGAAAGAUUACGAGAGCAAGUACGCUAAAAUCGAGAAGGAAAAGAAACAACAGGCCAAGGAUGCCGGGUUAAUUCGAUCGGAGAUCACGGCCGCUGAAAUUGCCGACGAGAUGGAAAAGGAAAGGAGACUGUUUCAGCUCCAGAUGUGCGAGUACCUAAUAAAGUACAAUGAAAUAAAAACCAAGAAAGGAAUCGACCUUCUUCAGAGCUUAGUAGAGUACUAUCACGCCCAAACCAAUUAUUUUCAAGACGGACUCAAGACCAUAGAGCAUUUCGGCAAUUACGUGGCGGACCUUAGCGUUAAGUUGCAGAAAAUUCGGCAGGCACACGACGAUGAGAAGCGAAAACUGACAGACCUCAGGAACCUCAUCAAAUCGACUCCCAGUAUCGAAAAAGAGACCGGUUCACAAAUUGAUAAAGGUGCGGCAGGGUACUCCUUGCAUCAACUGCAGGGAGACAAGCACCACGGGGUCACUAGAACGGGCCACUUACUGAAAAAAUCGGAGGGCAAAAUGAGGCGGGUGUGGCAGAAGAGAAAGUGCAGGGUUCAGGCUGAAGGGUACCUGGAAAUAUGCCACGCCGACGAAAGUAAAGCGCCUACAAGGGUCAAUUUGCUCACUUGCCAAAUCAAAAUGGUUCCUGACGACAAAAGGGGUUUCGAUUUGAUUUCGUAUAAUCGAACCUAUCAUUUCCAAGCCGAGGACGAUGCGGACCAAAGGGCCUGGAUGUCAGUAUUAAUAAAUUGUAAGGAAAUGGCGUUGAUGAAAGCGUUCGACGAUAGCAGCAAAACGGACGGUGAUAAAGUGAACCACAGUUUCAUGGAACUGCAACAGGCCAUAAUAAAAUAUAUACAGAAAAUACCGGGAAACGAUAGAUGUUGCGAUUGCAAUUCACAAAACGACGCCACAUGGUUAUCGACCAAUUUCGGAAUUAUCGUGUGUAUAGAGUGUUCGGGUAUUCACAGGGAUUUAGGCGUUCAUAUAUCUCGGAUACAAUCGUUAACGUUAGAUAAUGUCGGCACUAGUCAGUUGGUCCUCGCUAGAUUUAUGACCAACCAUAAUUUCAAUGACAUCAUGGAAGCUCAGUUGUCAUCAAACGAUAAACUCGAGCCGUCCAGUUCGAUGGACGAGAGACUUAAUUUUAUAAGGGCCAAGUACGUGGAAAAGCGAUUCGCUAUGAGGACGUGCGAAUCGGAAAGGGAGAAACUCUACGAAUUAGAAGAGGCCGUUAAUAGGGGCGAUCUAGCGUUACUGCUUCAGGUAUUCGCCGAAAACGCCGAUCUCAGCGCUAGUCUUCCAUCAUCCAAAAUCGGCGAAACGGCUCUACACAGAGCGAUAAUCAAUGAAUCCGGUCGCACGCUUCACGUCGUCGAUUUUUUAAUUCAGAACAUGUCGAAUUCCGCAUUAGACAAAGUGACCAAUCAGCCGUCGAUACCGGAAAUGAGCGGCUGCAAUACCGCUUUGCACUUGUGCGCCCUCUACGACAAAGUCGAGUGCAUGAAACUGUUAUUGCGAAGCGGAGCGGACGCGAACAUUCGCAACUCCCAAAACAAGACCCCGAUGGAUAUCGCGCAGGAGUUGGGCAACCACAGCUGUCAGGAAUUGUUACAAAAUGCGGCCAAUAGACUCAAAAGUUUCUUCGAUAACAUCAACAUCGAUUGGAAUUUAUCUCACGAUGACGGUUCCACCGAUUUCUCCGAUGACGAAACAAUUAUCGACGAUAGGAACGGAUCUUUGACACCCGAGAAGAAAAAUCGAUCCCGGCCUCCGAGUUACUCCGCGCCUAACGUUCACGGAAGUUUAAAGAAAAGGGCAGCCCCUUUACCGCCACCGUCUAGCUCGGGUCAGUACCAAUAUGGUACUCUUCCGAGCAGCCAUAGCAGGACUCCUUCUGAUCCUAUCGCUGCAGGAUAUCAUACCUUAAGUCAUACACAUAAACGCUCACCGAGUAGCGAUUCUAGCUCGGGUCGAUCUGUGAUACCCAUUGGAAAUAAACUAGUCAUAUCGGAUUGUAAAAAUGCUGACAAAUUAGCUAUGUUAAGAAGGCCCCAGAAUCCACCGCCGCCGGCGCCCAAUCCGGCCCUGAGUCGUCUUUCGAAUGGACGAUCGAACGAAAGUAUAUCAUCGAUGGCCUCCGACGUUGAAAUAUCCCCGGGUGUCCACAACCCCAUACCUCCGCCCAGAAGGAGACGGCAAUGUCGUUUGGAUAGUUAUGCUGGCGAGAAUGAUUCUAGUCUGGCCUCAGAUUCUCCUCCACAAAGGAUAUCAUCUAGUCCAGUUUCAAACAGUUCGUUGUGUUCUCCUCGUUCAAUGCCGACCGGGCGUCUUUCGUAUACUUCAAACGGGGGUGGGAACCUGCGCAGAUGUAAAGCGCUGUACGAUUGCGCAGCCGAUAACGACGACGAGCUUUCGUUUCAGGAGGGCGAAAUUAUUAUCGUUAUAAACGAGCAUACCGACGACGAUAAUUGGAUGGAGGGUAUGGUCGAAAAUGAGCCAGAACGGACUGGAAUGUUUCCGAUAAGUUUUGUCCACAUGUUACCAGAUUAGUUAGAUAGAACCGGAAUCGGUGCACUUGUAUUGAAUGUAUUAUAAACAAAUGUUAGAUGUAUAUUUUUGAUGUGAAAUUAUAAGUGGACCGUGGUAGUACAUUCUCGCACUAGGUUCAACAAAUGCAUUGCCAAAGGAUUGGUUGUUCAGAAGACUGAAGCGGAGUAGGUACAACCGGUGUUUUUGUUAAGUCUAGUUUGAGAUAGAAUAAUUCUAAUGUGGCUAAAUGUACUGAAAUAUAAUGUAGCACAUUGUUUGAUAUAAAUAUUUAAAUAAGCGGCGAACAGAAAUUUUCGAAAGUGUGGCUCCCAAAAAAAAAAAAUUCGUCGGAUCGUUUCUGCUAUCGUGGGCUCCAAAGCUUAGAUGUCAUUCAUCAUUUCCAUUAAAUAUUGCGAUUCAUCUCUAAAAGCCUAAUAUAUACAUAAGAAAAUAUUUUCGGUUUUAUCAGAAUUUACAGGGCGUUAUUUUAACAUGGCAAUAAAUAUUUACCUAUAUUAAAUAAUUUCAUUCCAUCAUAUAUUCAUUCCACAACUAGAACCUUUACCAUUUUGAACUUCAACUGAAGUUUAUAAACCAUUUUACAAAUUUUACAAUCUACUCUCUCAAAACACCCGAGUUUCCUUUUUAAUGCUUGCUGAAGAUUUGUAUGCAUAUAUUUGGCAUUCUAGAUUAAAACUCGUAUUAUUUUUGGUUGCAACGGUCCCAUUUAAAUUAAAAAUAAUAAAAUCUAAAAAUUAUUUACCGUAAAUUAUAACAAUUUAUGUGUACAUAAGUAUUUUUGUAGAAAGUUUAAUUUAAUUUAUAACUAUGUAAUAUAUUUUUUAAAACCAAAGAUAGUAACUUAUCUACUUAUAACUCAUUGAAAUUAAAAAAAAAGGCUAGAAUGAACUAUUAGAAGGUAAAUUUGCCGGUGUUAAAAGUUUUUUAGGUAAGUGUUUGGAAACAAAACUAUGAAAAAGUAAUUAUGAAUUUAAAUGGUAGCAUAUUUUUGAAGCAUUGGACUGAAAUGGCUCAUUGCGUUAAUAUUGGAAAAAGCGAUAUUAUUUUCAUCCCAUUGUAUCCAUAAAAGAUAAAAUUAACUUAUCUUAAACUAUUAACGUAGAAUUAAUUUAUUUUUUAUAUGUCCAUUUCAUUUCUAAAAAUUUCCGCAAAUAUAUUUCCAAAAAAAAACAGGUAUAAUAUUAAACUGUACCAUUUGUAAGUCCUGAUAUGUAUGAAAAUCCAUGUUUCGUCUGGCCUUUAAGCGAUCUGCAAAAAAAAAUGCAGUCGAAAAACUGUUCUGGCUUUUGGUGUACCUAAACUAAUUUUUGGUUAAUUAAAAAUGUUUAUGAAAUACUCAAUAAAAUGUCAUUCA